CCCAAGUUGGCGUGCAAAACUAAGCAGUGUUUCCUUCUCCUUCAAGUUCCAAUUUAUUCAUCCGCAGAUCUCAUGCAUUCAUAGCUUCAAUCUCAUCAAAAUUGACCUUACCUUUCGAAGCUUAAGUUGCUUUCUAGUUUCUAUAUAUAUAUAUAUAUGCCUACACGGAGAUACCAAUGAUCAGACAGAUGAAGUAAGCGGGAAGAGCAAUUAGGAAGAAAUUAAUCGUUCCAUCUCCGCAUGUGGCCGGAGAUGGAGAAGAGUUUCGGCUUUUGAGGCGCUGUAGUGACCAUCGAUCGAGGAGCUGCAAAUUAAUUAGUUCGAUUAUAUAUAUGUAUAUGGAGACGUCGUGGCAGCGGCGGCGGUGCUGGUGGUGGAUUAUGGUUGGCUUGCUGCUGCUGGUGGUCGCCGGUGGAGCCAGUGGAGGAGAAGUGACGUAUGACAGUAGAUCGCUGAUCAUCAACGGCGAGAGGAAGAUUCUGUUUUCCGGCUCAAUUCACUAUCCUCGAAGCACUCCCGAUAUGUGGCCAUCUUUGAUCUCCAAAGCCAAGGAAGGAGGAUUAGAUGUAAUUCAAACUUAUGUCUUCUGGAAUAUCCAUGAGCCGCAACCUGGGCAGUAUGACUUUAGUGGAAGAAGGGACCUAGUAAGGUUCAUGAAAGAAAUCCAAGCACAGGGCCUAUAUGCAAGUCUUAGGAUUGGACCCUUCAUUGAAAGUGAAUGGAAUUAUGGAGGGUUACCAUUCUGGUUGCAUGACAUUCCGGGCAUAGUAUAUCGAUCAGAUAAUGAACCCUUCAAGUUUUAUAUGCAAAGCUUCACGGCAAAAAUAGUGAACAUGAUGAAGUCUGAAGGGCUAUACGCUUCACAGGGAGGGCCGAUCAUACUGUCACAGAUCGAGAAUGAGUACCAAAAUGUAGAAAAAUCUUUUCCUGUGACCGGCCCGCCUUAUGUUCUUUGGGCAGCAGAAAUGGCUGUGGGGCUUCAAACUGGUGUGCCGUGGACAAUGUGCAAGCAAGAUGAUGCUCCUGAUCCAGUGAUCAACGCAUGCAACGGAUUGAAUUGCGGAGAAACAUUUAUAGGACCAAACUCGCCUAAUAAGCCGUCUAUCUGGACUGAGAAUUGGACGAAUCGCUAUCACCAUUAUGGAGAGGAUCCGAGAGAAAGGCCACCAGAGGACAUUGCAUUUCACGUUGCAUUAUUCAUUGCAAGGAAGAAUGGGAGUUUUGUCAAUUACUAUAUGUAUCAUGGAGGAACAAAUUUUGGAAGAACAGCUUCUGCUUAUGUACCAACAAGCUAUUAUGAUCUAGCUCCUCUUGAUGAAUAUGGUUUAAUUCGACAACCAAAAUGGGGUCAUCUCAAGGAGUUACAUGCUGCAAUAAAGCUAUGUUCAGGACCUUUACUCUCUGGGAUACCAACUGCAUCACAUUUGGGUGAACAACAAGAAGCUUUUGUCUUAGAAGGAAAACAAGGAGAAUGUUCAGCCUUCCUUGUGAACAACGAUAGAAGAAAAAAUGUGACAGUUAUGUUCCACAAUUCUUCAUAUGAACUGCCUCCAAAGUCAAUUAGCAUCCUACCUGACUGCAGAACUGUUGCCUUCAACACUGCUAAGGUAAGUGCACAAUAUAAUACAAGAUCAACAGUACAAGUUAACAAGUUAAAUUCUGCUGAUAGAUGGGAAGAAUUAAAAGAAGUUUUUCCGAAUUUUGAUGAAACAUCAUUGAGGUCAGAGACAUUAUUGGAGCAAACGAAUACCACAAAGGACGCAUCUGAUUAUCUGUGGUCAACUUUCAGGUUUCAGCAUGAUUCUUCUGAUGACCAGCCUGUCUUAUUUGUGAGCUCUAGCGGACAUGUUUUGCAUGCAUUUGUCAAUGGACUACUUGUAGGGUCUGCCCAUGGAAUCAGUAAUACAAGUGGUAUUACACUGAACAAUGCAGUUUCAUUAAACAAUGGAGCGAACAAUGUCUCCUUACUAAGCGUAAUGGUCGGAUUACCGGAUUCGGGGGCAUUUCUCGAGAGACGGAAGGCUGGAUUAGACAAGGUUAUGAUAUUAAGCAAAAACAAUGCGAAAGAUUUUACCAACUAUUCAUGGGGAUAUCAGGUUGGAUUGAAUGGGGAGGCACUGCAAGUCUACACGGAAGAGGGAUCAAGCAAAGUCCGAUGGAGUUCGUUCAACUCUUCUGCUCAGCCACUCAAAUGGUAUAAGACCACAUUCGAUGCCCCUGCUGGUCUCGACCCUGUUGUGUUAGGCCUCGGCUCCAUGGGAAAAGGUGAAGCUUGGGUUAACGGCCAAAGUAUAGGGCGAUAUUGGAUCUCAUUUCACACCCCUUCAGGAUCUCCUACACAGACAUGGUACCAUGUGCCUAGAUCUUUCCUUGAACCUACCGGAAACCUAUUAGUUUUACUGGAUGAAGAAUAUGGGAACCCUCUUGAUAUCUCCAUUGCAACUGUCUCGAUUUCAAAAGUGUGUGGCUGGGUGUCUGAUGGUCAUCCGCCACCGUUAACUUCAUGGACGGGGUACAACCACAAGAAGCACGAGAAGAGCCAUGGCAGGAGGCCUCAAAUUCAACUUUCUUGUCCUAAAAAUACAACCAUUUCGAAGAUUCUAUUUGCAAGCUUUGGAACUCCUUCCGGUGACUGUGGAAGUUAUGCUAUUGGUGGCUGCCACUCAUCUAACUCCAGAGUUGUUGCAGAGAAGGCUUGUCUAGGGAAGAGGCAAUGUUCCAUUCUUCAAUCUUCUCGAAUUUUUGGGGCGAUCCAUGUCCAGGCAUCCCUAAAGCUCUGUUGGUUGAGACGCAAUGCAAACAAGAUCAAUGAGCAGCUCUAAACCAUUUCUUGCAGAAAAAUGGCUAGUUUCUGCCUAACCUAAAACCUUACUUUCAACAAGUUAUCAGCGGCAAAUCAUUUAUUUUGUUGUGAGAGAUCAAUAUUUAAGUUGGAAUACAUGAUAAAAUGUUCAUUCUCAUGAUGUCUUUGACUGAUUUUGCCUUCUCUACUUAGCUAUCAUUGACUAAAAAGAAAGAACAACGACAACAAUAAUCACAAUCUAUCCUAAGUUAUGUUUAAGGAUUUACCAUCAUAUUUUCUUUUGUUCUUCCUUUCCUUCUU